CUAUCCUCUAUGGCCUACGGCGUGGCCGCUCUCAGGACCGUGGUUUGCACCCUCAGAUAUAGGAAAUAGCAUCAGACACUUGCGUACAGUACACGCGAAUUAAAUUGUUCGCUACUCACGAACCACAUUAAAAUCCGUAACUGCCCAAAUUCUUUGAAGAUACUCGAAGAAAAACAGGGAUCUUAUGACAGAGACGAGGCACUUUAAGACGGAGGAUCAUGGCUAGGCAACUGACGCGGCCGAUAAUCGUGAGUCUCCUGCUGAAGCCGCGACCUCGCCAGCCGCGGGCCUCGAAGCCGGCUCUGUCGUUGUGCAUGAGCUCGCUCGUCGCCGAGUCCGGCUCGCAGAACAGAAUGCUCUGCAAGCACGUGGACAUAGUCGAUCACACUUGUAAGAUAUCGAACUACGACGAGUACCUCGUCAACUACAGGCCCGUCCUGCGAAUCUUGAGGAACACCCUGCAGGAGAUACUCGGUAUAUCGAAGGUGGAGAUCAACAAGCUCGUCCAGGAGUAUCCGCAGCUGAAGAAGCGCUCCAGGGCGAACAUUCUGAACAAUUAUUAUAGCCUGAUAGAGGCUGGCGUGCAGAAAGCUACUGUCAUAAAUAACGUCUGGCUGCUGGCGUACGAGAACAACAGGCUCGUGGAUAAGCUCGAUUGUAUCAAGGUCCUCAACAUGGACAAUAACCAGCUUGUACCGUGGCUGUGCUUGACUCAGGACGAGCUGGCAAACUAUGUGCUUUACACUCAACAGGAUAUGGAUUUUUAUACGUAUAACAGGAUGGAGUAUCUCUCUCAUAAAUUGGAGUGCAGCAUACAACGGUUGUGUGAAGUAACGGUACUGAAUUCAUUCUUAAUAAAAAUUCCAAUUUCCUCUAUAGACAAGAAAAUGAACAUAUUACAUGAAUAUAACGUGAGUAAGGAGGACAUACUAAAAGAUGUAUGGGUGCUUAGAUAUAGCGAAAAUCAUAUACGUCACAGAUGCGAGUUG